UGCCCUGUACACAGAAGAUGCACAGUCAUUCAUAACACAGAGUUUUCCAAAAAAGCUUACCGAUUCAAACUUCUCACUGCAAUUAUUUCCUAACCGCAAUCUGCAUACCCUGCAGUUCACUACAUUUCAGGGCAAUUCAGUUAGCUGUUCUGCAGGAAAAGGCAGAGAAGAGAAGGCAACUGUAUACAAGGAGACAAAAUCAAGAGCACUGGCUGCAGCAAAUUAACCAGUUUUAUCAUAGGAAUGCCAAGUCCUGAGUUCUUUGGGACAUAGUAAAUUACACAGAUAAAAAGUCAUAGACAUUAAAAGACAGUUCAUCUUUCUCAGCUGUUGCUUCAACUGAUAGGAGUAAGUAAGGAGCUCACUUUUCAGACUGAUUCUUGGCAUCAGUUCAGUGACAUAAUGCUAAGAUUUUGCAUAAAUGAUAAACAUGAUAAAAUAAUAAAUAUGAUAAGCAUGAUAAAAUAAAAACUCUGAUAGUAUUACUGCAUUACCAGAAAGUGCUCGCAGCAAUUUCCAGUGGAGUGGGGAAUGUCACCUCACAUCAUGGCUUCCUGUCCCUUCAACCCACCAUUGAAAAAACCCCAAAACCAAAGCCCACCCAAACUACUCGCUGUCUUCUUCCAGUCAUACCUCAUACAACGAGAGUGCCCGCAAACUUUUACGACAUUAUUUUUCCCCUUCCAUUUCAGCUCUUUCGCCAUGAUCUCUGCACAGCAGCCACCGUUCCCCAACAAAAUUCAAAAAGUAAUGGACGGCCAAACUGAGGAAGAAGAAACUUGUGAAGAGCAGUGUGACUCUGAAAACUGUACUUGCAGCUCCAAGCACGCAUCAUCAUCAGCAGAACUGGGCUCAGAUUCACCAGUAACUCUUAAAAUACUGCAGAACUGGGUUCCUAGAAUUUCACCCUACUUUGAUAAAGAGCACUACACAUACGUUGGCCACCAGAUCGUCAUUCAGGAGUCCAUAGAACACUUUGGAGCCGUCGUAUGGCCGGGGGCACUGGCUUUAUCUCAAUAUCUGGAAUCAAAUCAAGAACAAUUCAACCUCAAAGACAAAAAAGUUUUGGAAAUCGGCGCUGGAACAGGCUUGGUUUCCAUUGUGGCCUGUAUCUUAGGAGCUUAUGUUACAGCUACUGAUUUGCCUGAAGUUCUUGAAAAUCUUUCAUAUAAUAUUUCAAGAAAUACACAAAACAUGAAUAUGCACAAACCUGAAGUGAGAAAACUGGUAUGGGGAGAAGGCCUCAACGAAGACUUUCCUGUAUCAACUUACCAUUAUGAUUUCAUACUGGCAACUGAUGUUGUAUACCAUCAUGCAGCUUUGGACCAGCUGCUAGCAACAAUGGUGUAUUUUUGUAAGCCAGGAACAGUAUUACUAUGGGCAAAUAAAUUCAGAUUCACUACAGACUAUGAAUUUUUGGAAAAACUUGGCAAUAUAUUUAACACAACUAUUCUAGCAGAAUUUCCAGAAUCAAAUGUCAAGCUGCUUAAAGCCACAGUAAGAGAGAAUUAA